AGAUAGCAGACCAGACCAGAAUAAUACAAUUUAUUUCUUUUUACUGCAUAACUUCGGUGUGCCGCAGCCGUUUUAAUAUUCAAUUUAUCAUAAAACAAAUUCUCGAGUACGAAAUCGAUAUUUAAAUAAAAAUAAUUCACUGCAAUUCAAUACAGAAGUAGACUUUUUGAAUCAAACUAAAAUUAUCCCCCAGAAUACACCGUCCACAGAGUCUAGUCUCAAUCUUAAAUUCAACAAUCAAAAUAAUGGCGACACGUUUUAUUCGAGAGCUGGAAAACUUUAAAUUUCCAAAAGAAAUGAAAAAUGAUAUAAUCUAUUGCCAAAGGGCACUCAAGUCCUACAUUACAGUUCAUCAGAUGAUCGUUGAUCAAUAUUCAGAUGCUAAAGAAUAUGCUGAGGCAAAGAAAGCCUGUUUGGACGAACUCGAAGACGAAAUAUAUGAAAUCAACUGCGAGCAACAAAACCUGUUGGUGCGGAUGCGUCGCUAUAUGGAAGAGUUCUUUAAGAUUAUGACUUGUCAAAAAAUCGAAGUCGAUAAAGUUCUGAUGAACGAUUAUAUUUCACGGCAGUUAAUCCUUUUGAUUCAGGAUAAGAACUAUAUUUGCAUUCCUAACCUAGUUCGGGUGAGAUUCAGCGAGAGUCAGUUGAUGGAAACUUAUUUCGAUCCUAAGAUAGUAGGUGAUGUAUUAAAGAGUUCAUCAAACGAUUUCAUCUCAUCGCCUGCCGCUGCUGCUGAGACUCCUCCUAAACUAUCGACAACACCUCCUAAAGAAAUAAUUUCAGUUAUAAUGCCUGAGCAACCUGUUGUAAAUAGUUCAUUCGGUAGCCAUAAGCAGCAGGUAUCUUUACUCAAGCCAAUAUCGCUUCUCAAGCCGAUUUCUCAAAGAGUAGUUAAGCAAGCACCUGUCCCAGUAUCAUCAUCGCCUGUUCUUCCAACUCCAGCUCUAAAUGAAAAGGAAUGUUCUCCUAAUGGGGAGCAAGUUGCUGUACCAGGACUCGUGGUGUCGUCUAAAGUCAAACAAAGUCGAAUGAAUCUAAGACAAGCACUCACAAAAGCAGCUGCUGCCAUUAAUGUACCCCCAGUAACUGCACCUGCUCCCGUCCAUACGCCUUCUCCAAUAGCUACUGCAGUAAACGUACCAGCUCCCACUCAAACUAAAUCCAAUAAAAAUAUUCCCGAAGUCUCAAAGAAACCCCAACAAAAAGUCUACAAAUCUGAUCCAUCGUCAUCCGAUGAAUCAGUUGACGCUGUCCGUGUACCAUCGCCAAUGCAACUAGACACAAAAACCCUACCAGAUGACUACAAUCAGGAAUCAUUCUUGCGUCUAUUUAAUCUUUUCACCCAGGAUCAACUACAACAAAUGCAACAGAGGCGCUCCAAACGCAAAAGACGCAAUGUUCAUAACAAUGAAAGGGCUGAUUUUCAUUAUGGACGUAUUGAUGAUCAUAUGCUCACUGCACCCGUCCAGAAAAAACGUAAAAGAGAAUUUUUGUUGUCGCCAGCUGUUAAUCGUGAAUUAAAGAAGAAGCGAUCUAUUGAUGCUGAUCGCUCGACUUCUUCGUCUCCAGAUGAAAAAUCUUCGUGUAAUGAAUGUAUGAAACGAUCAGGUGAUUUAACAAAAUGUAAAGAAUGCUCAUGGAGCUACCACGAAGCUUGUCACAAAGAUAUGAAUAUAAAAACAGUCCCUGGUCAAUGUCCACCAUGCUCCAGAUUGCACUACCAUGCUAAGCUUGAAGAAGAUGCCAAAUUCGAAAUCAACACAGCAACUCUACGUGGACAAUGCCGCGAAUUGGAACACAAGCUAGCGUCAGAAAAUGUUCGUCGCAAACAACUUCAACAACAAAGCAAAAUGUACAAAAUUGGAAUGAGAAAUUUAUUUAAUAUUGUGGAGACAAUCAAAAGUGAUGAAAACGACAGUUGAACUUAUUUAGACAAUUAAAAAACAACCACCUGAAAGAGAAUACGAAGUAGCUAUGUUUUCAACUUGUUUGUUCUCUUCAUUUAAAUCACAGCCAUUGUUGAUUGUUAGAAUACAAUUAAUUGUUAGGAAAACAUAAAGUUGUGCUUUGAUUUUUUUUAUUAUUAAAAACUAAAAAUUGUUUCUUUUUUUCUUUCUUUUUUAUUUAAAGUUUUUCUUUUCGUUUCUUGUUCUUUUAGAAAAAAAAAAACAAAAUUAUGAUAAAAUAUUUGUAUGCAUUUACAAAAAUUAAGUUACUUAUACUUGUAUAUAUAGUUUAAAAAUAAAACAAAUUAAUAAAAAAAAA